GAGUGUGCGGGUGGCCGGGCUGGCGUGUAGCGGCUGCCGCGCGGCGCGUGAGUCACUGUCCCUCUUGCACACAGCGGCCCGAAUGGCGACCAGCACCGCGAGAGGGGCGCAGAGAGCAAAAAUAAAGCCCUGCCUUCAAGAUGAAAUUGAAGCAAUUUUGAAGGAAAGGAUCAUGGUGCUGGAUGGGGGGAUGGGUACCAUGAUUCAACAGCACAAGCUUGAGGAGGAAGAUUAUCGUGGGGAGGAGUUCAGGGACCAUCCGAAAUCCCUGAAGGGGAACAAUGACCUUCUCAGCAUCACACAAUCCGAUAUCAUCUGCAAAAUCCACAAGGAGUACUUGAUGGCUGGAGCCGAUAUUGUGGAGACCAACACUUUCAGUAGCACCCGAGUUGCACAGGCUGACUACGGGUUGGAACAGCUGGCUUACCGACUAAACAAAGUCUCAGCGGAAGUGGCCAGGAAGGCAGCAAAAGAUGUUGGAGCUCAAACAGGUAUCAGGAGGUUUGUUGCAGGUGCCAUGGGUCCAACCAACAAGACAUUGUCAGUUUCACCGUCUGUGGAGAGACCAGAGUACAGAAACAUAACUUUUGAUGAGUUAGUUGAUGCAUAUGAGGAGCAGGCGAGUGGGCUGCUGGAUGGUGGCGUUGACAUCCUCCUAGUAGAGACAAUUUUUGAUAGUGCCAAUGCAAAGGCUGCCUUGUUUGCCAUUCAGCGGUUGUUUGCUGAGCAGUACGAACCCAGGCCCAUCUUUAUUUCUGGAACAAUUGUAGAUAAGAGUGGACGUACCCUUUCUGGUCAGACAGGAGAAGCAUUUGUCAUCAGUAUGUCCCAUUCUAAUCCACUUUGCAUAGGAUUAAAUUGCGCCUUGGGAGCCAUAGAAAUUAGGCCGUUCAUAGAGGCAAUCGGAAAAUCUACGACAGCAUACGUUUUAUGUUAUCCUAAUGCAGGUCUUCCCAACACAUUUGGAAACUAUGAUGAGACCCCCCAAGUCACUGCCAAGCACCUAAAGGAAUUUGCCUUGAAUGGGCUUGUAAACAUUGUUGGAGGUUGCUGUGGAACCACUCCUGCUCAUAUCAGGGCAGUAACAGAAACCAUCCGAAACUGUAAACCUAGAAUUCCUCCAACUUCAGUUUUUGGAGACUACAUGUUAUUAGCAGGUCUUGAGCCAUUCAAAAUUGGACCAUACACAAACUUUGUCAACAUUGGAGAGCGGUGCAAUGUAGCAGGAUCCAGGAAAUUUGCUAAGCUUAUUAUGGCAGGUAACUAUGAGGAGGCCUUGAGCAUAGCCAAAACUCAAGUAGAAAUGGGAGCCCAGAUCCUGGACAUCAACAUGGAUGAUGGAAUGUUGGAUGGCAAGAGCGCAAUGACCAAAUUUUGCAACCUUGUGUCAUCAGAGCCAGAUGUUGCCAAGGUCCCAUUGUGCAUAGAUUCUUCCAAUUUUGCUGUGAUUGAGGCGGGCCUGAAAUGUUGCCAGGGAAAAUGUGUUGUGAACAGUAUCAGCCUUAAAGAAGGGGAAGAAGACUUUCUCCAGAAGGCACAGAUCAUUAAGCGCUUUGGGGCUGCGGUUGUUGUCAUGGCUUUUGAUGAAAACGGGCAGGCAACUGAUACUGAAAACAAAGUGAAGAUUUGCUUCAGAGCCUACAACCUCCUUGUGAGCAAAAUGGGAUUUAAUCCCAACGACAUAAUAUUUGAUCCAAACAUACUGACCAUUGGGACUGGAAUGGAAGAGCACAAUAUGUAUGCUGAGAACUUCAUCAAAGCUACUUCAGUUCUAAAGGAAAAGCUACCAGGAGCUCGAGUUAGUGGCGGCCUUUCCAAUCUGUCCUUCUCAUUCCGAGGAAUGGAGGCUAUCCGUGAAGCCAUGCAUGGCGUGUUCCUUUAUCAUGCAAUUAAGGCUGGGAUGGAUAUGGGGAUAGUGAAUGCAGGCAACCUGCCAGUUUAUGAUGACGUAGACAAAGAGCUCCUGGAGCUAUGUGAGAAUCUGAUCUGGAACAAGGACCCUGAAGCCACAGACAAGUUGCUACGUUACGCCCAGAAUCAUGCAAAAGGUGGAAAAAAAGUGAUACAAACAGAUGAUUGGAGGUAUGAGACUGUGGAGGAGCGCCUGGAAUAUGCCCUGGUUAAGGGUAUAGAAAAAUACGUAGUGGAAGAUACAGCAGAGGCAAGAGGCAAUCUGAGCAAGUACCCCAGGCCUCUGAAUAUCAUCGAAGGACCUCUGAUGAGUGGAAUGAAAGUGGUGGGGGAAUUAUUUGGAUCGGGAAAAAUGUUUCUUCCACAGGUUAUUAAAUCUGCUCGUGUUAUGAAGAAGGCUGUGGGUUACUUAAUCCCUUACAUGGAGAAGGAGCGAGCAGAAAUGAUGGAACAGUCAGGCUGUAUAGAAGACAUUAACCCAUACCAGGGUACUAUUGUGCUGGCUACUGUCAAGGGAGAUGUUCAUGACAUUGGCAAAAACAUUGUGGGUGUGGUACUUGGCUGCAACAACUUCAGAGUGAUUGAUUUGGGAGUUAUGACACCUUGUGACAAGAUACUCCGAGCUGCUAUUGAGAAUAAAGCAGAUAUCAUUGGCCUGUCAGGGCUGAUCACACCAUCUUUGGAAGAAAUGAUCCAUGUUGCCAAAGAAAUGGAGCGACUUGGUAUGAAAACACCUUUACUGAUCGGCGGAGCCACAACCUCAAGAACCCAUACCGCAGUCAAAAUUGCACCAAGAUACAGUGCACCAGCAAUUCACGUUUUAGAUGCUUCCAAGAGUGUUGUUGUGUGUUCUCAGCUGUUAGACGAAGACCUGAAAGAUGAUUACUUUGAUGAAGUAACUGAAGAGUACGAAGAGGUUCGACAGAAUCACUAUGAUUCUUUAAUGGAUAGAAGAUACCUGACACUGGAGCAAGCCAGGAUCCAGGGAUUUCACAUAGACUGGCUCUCACAUCCUACACCAGUAAAACCAGCGUUCAUAGGUACCCAGGUCUUUAAAGACUAUGAUGUGCACAGACUGACCAGCUACAUUGACUGGAAGCCUUUCUUUGACGUUUGGCAGCUGAGGGGAAGAUAUCCAAACAGAGGAUAUCCCAAAAUCUUUAAAGAUCCUACAGUUGGGGAAGAAGCUCGAAAGGUUUACCAAGAUGCACAGAAUAUGCUGAACAUCAUGAUUGACAGAAAACAUCUGAAGGCCAGGGGUAUUGUGGGGUUCUGGCCAGCUCAGAGUGUUGGAGAUGACAUACAUGUGUUUGCGGAGGAUGUUUUUCCACGCUCUGGUGAACCACUGGCUACUUUUUAUGGCUUACGGCAACAGGCAGAAAAGGAUUCUGCCAGCAAGGACCCGCACUACUGUAUCUCUGACUUCAUAGCACCAAAGGACUCCGGUGUGCUUGAUUACAUUGGUCUCUUUGCAGUGGCUUGUUUUGGUGCUGAAGAGCUGAGCAAACACUACGAGAAGGAAGGCGAUGACUACAACAGCAUAAUGGUUAAAGCGCUGGCAGACAGACUCGCUGAAGCCUUUGCUGAGGAGCUCCAUGCAAGAAUCCGCACGGAAUUUUGGGGUUACUGCCGUGGCGAGAACCUGGACGCUUCAGACAUGCACAAAAUCCGCUAUGAGGGGAUCCGUCCAGCUCCAGGAUAUCCGAGUCAGCCUGAUCACACCGAGAAAAUAACCAUGUGGAAUCUAGCCAGUGUUCAGGAGAGUACAGGAAUUAAACUGACUGAAUCCUUAGCAAUGACACCAGCAGCAGCAGUCUCUGGACUUUACUUCUCCAGCCCACAGUCCAUGUAUUUUGCAGUUGGAAAAAUUACAAAGGAUCAGGUUAAAGAUUAUGCGGCAAGGAAGCAGAUGAUGCUGGAAGAUGUCGAGAGGUGGCUGGGACCCAUUUUAGGAUACAACAACGACCAAUAAUUUUUCCUCAAGGGCCAUGAGCACAACUGUCUUGAGUGAGGAUUAACAAGAGGCACAAAUCAAACCGGAUGAACCUCAGUUAGUUAGUGCUCUGGCAAACAUCAACAAAACGCAGAUUACGAUCGAGUUUUACUGAACCCAUCUAAUUAUAAAAUCCACCAGUCACUUCACACAUCACAAAACAUCCUAAAACAUCGUAACAAGUGAAGACUGGAGCAGACAUGCCCAGCUACAGUACGGAUUCCCAUGUGAUUGCAUUUUGGGGGAUGGGGAGGAAAAAUUGGCCUCGUAGUACUUCACUUUCAGGGGGUGAAAUUCCACCAGGGUUUAGAUCUACUCUGUUAAGAACUACAAAAAAUGGGCUUCAAAGUUCAGCCGGAAUUAAAUAAUUUACUAAGUACUGGAUGUGCUGCCCUUAUGCCCUGGAGUCCUGUAGCUCUGUGGUUAGAGCACUCGCCUCGCCAACGAGUGACCUGGCUUCAGUUCCUGGCAGGGUGAAACCUUGGGCAAGUUUCCUUACUACA